UCAAUUUUAUUCUCAAAGAUUACUGACGUUUCUUUUCACUAUAUGCUGUAUCUAUAUAGCACGAUUUUUGCCAUCCUGUAGACAAAUCGACAAUGUACAUAAUUUUUGAAAAAUGACUAAAUUAUUACACAAUUCGAUUGUGAAACCCAUUACUAGUGUAUUAUUUUGCAAAGCAAUAAUUGUCAUUAUGUAAACAAUAAUGGUGCAGUAGAAAUAAAUCGAAAUUUGUUCCCAUCGCGAUAUAUCCGAAAUUGAAAAUACGAUAUUGUCUUAGUUCAAUGAAUUCGUAGCAGCUUGGCUCAAUGAAAAAUUAUAAGUACGGCAAGGUAAAUCAACGGGAUUUAGUGUUAACAACUGCAUCAUCCCAACUAUCACCAAGCGGAAACGAAUCAACCGUAAUCGAUACCAGGAUGUAUAUACGAGAUUGGCGUCAAGCUUUGCGGACUCCACCUUCAUACAGGCUGGGUAACAGAACCAUUCGGCUUCAGGUGCAUUUGAUAUGGCCCCUGGCUGUUCUUGGAGCGAUUUUGGUACUCCUUGUGUAUGUUGUCAGCAAUUCUCCAUUUUCUGGUGGAUCAAGCCUGAAUGAUUUCGAUAAAAGUGCAACGAUUUUUUACAAUCAUACCUAUCCUCUAAGUAGUCCUAUUAUAAGCAAUGGAAUGCACACAUAUAGGAUAGGAGUCAUUGCAGAUUUGGACACAAAUUCACGUGUCAAAGGGAAAGACGCUUGGUGCAGCUACUUGAUGAAGGGCUACCUCAGUUACAUUCCUUCAACCGGAAAAAUAACAAUUUCGUGGGACGAAGGCCAACCGAAGGAACUGAAGUCUAGUUUUGCUCUGAAGGGACGGGGUAUGGAACUUUCCGAGUUGGUAGUGUUCAAUGGUAGACUACUAACAUUUGACGAUCGAACCGGAUUAAUUUACGUGAUCGAGAAAGAUUCUGUCUAUCCUUGGAUACUGCUUGUGGAUGGAGAUGGAAGAACUGGUAAAGGUUUUAAAUCGGAAUGGGCCACUGUGAAAGAUGAGGUUCUUUACGUGGGUUCAAUGGGCAAAGAAUGGACUACGGCCGGUGGAGAUUUUGAAAACAACAAUCCCAUGUUCGUGAAGGCGGUAACAGUACACGGAGAGGUGUACCACUUUAAUUGGGAAACCAAUUUCAAGGCAAUCCGCAGUGCUAUCGGUAUUGAAUGGCCAGGAUACAUGAUACACGAAUCGGGUGUAUGGUCUAGUGAAUCUCGGCGGUGGUAUUUCCUGCCAAGACGAUGUUCACGAGAACGGUACAAUGAAACACGAGACGAGCAUAUGGGAUGCAAUUAUCUUAUUACUGCGGAUGAGCAGUUCCAUUCGAUAAAAGCAGUAGAAUUGAAGCAAACCAACGUGCCGCUUACGCACGGUUUUUCAAGUUUCAAAUUUUUGCCACAUUCAGAGGAUCGUAUCAUUAUAGCUAUAUCUACGGAAGAGCUAAAUGGUAAAACUACGAGUUUUAUCAGUGCGUUUAACGUUGACGGUGAAAUGCUGAUGUCAGAAACGAAAAUACCAACGAGCUACAAAUUCGAAGGUUUGGAGUUCAUCUAGACGCAGACUGGCAAGUCAUGAGAUAGUUACGCUGUUUACACAAGUUCAAGUUAAGUGAAGGAUGUGUGCGGAUGUAAAUAGUGAGAUAGCCAAUGUUUAAAACGAGAAGCACGGUAUUUUUGUAAUAAAAUGUAUUAUGCCACACAGGUUUGACGCAGGUGUCUUUGCCAAAUUCCUUUUUUUAAGAGCAUGCAUCACAUGUUUACGGCUCCAUAAGCACCAGCUUUCUUUUGUUAUGUGAUAUUUGUUUAGCUAAUGUAAUUUUUACGCAGAGAAUAAAGUGACAAUUUUGAGUAAUAUUGCUACUUCGCAGUCAAAAUAAUGCUCAGUACUGCUCAAACA